GCAGGGAAAAAACCCAACCACACACAUGGACACACAAAAAGCAGAGAGGUGGGAUCUGCACUGCCUGUCACUGCAGGUAAUAAUUAUUUAUUAGGAAUGGGAACUCUCACACACGUGAGUUUUUACUCAUAUGUGUUGCAUUUUCUGCUUGUUUCCCAUUUGAUUAGGAAGAUUUGCCUUUCCUUAAACCAAGGUCUGUUCCAAAUGCAGAAGGAGGACUUCUUCAUUUCCCUACAGAAGGAGGUCUUCUGCAGCGAUGAGCAACAUCCCUUCCUACCAGCAUUCCUGAUCUGGGCUUGUGGGCAAAGGGCCAACACACACCAGAAUGUGGAGGAAAGGAGAACUGAAAGCUGGAUCUGAGUAGGAUCUCUCCUGCCAAGCUCACUGAGCAUGUCAAGAAGAGAUCAGCAUUUCAGGGCUGUGGGAGUCUUUGUGUGGAGGUGUCAAGACUACUUCAGGCAAGGCCUCCAUUGCCUGACAGCAAACUGGGAAGGGAACAAGAAUAAAGGCAUGGAGGAGUCACAAUUAUACUGGAGGCACUUAAUUACCUGUGAUAUCAGAGAUCCUUCUGAUGAUGAAGCUAUUGAAAAAGCAAGUGAAAACAGGACAGCAACAUGUCAAGAUUCAGAUUCCAAACCUGCUGUGAAGAAGAAAAGAAAGCAGCCUACUGAGUGUUUUUUGAGUCGGCCUGAAGAAAAGCAAGAGAGCACUGUGAAGGCCAAGAGGAGGAAGAAGAAGAAGAUUUCUGAUGUUCUGCAAAAAUCUGCUCCAAAACCUGGUGUCCCUGAAGAUCUACAAAAUCUGCUUGCUCAACAUUUUGGUGAAAACCGUUCCGUGAUUGAAAUAGAGGAAUUACAGCUGCCAGAUUCCUGUUUUUUGCCAGCCAAUGAUCUUACCCACAGUUUUUCUUCAUACCUGAAGGAAAUCUGUCCCAAGUGGGCGAAGCUCCGGAGGAAGCACGAGGAGAAGAAGUCGCUGGUGCUGCUGGUGCUGUGCAGUUCUGCCCUGCGCUCCUUGCAGCUCAUCAAGUCAAUGACAGCCUUUAAAGGAGAUUGCAGAGUCCUCAAGUUGUUUGCAAAGCACAUAAAGAUAAAGGAACAAAUUAAUAUGUUGGAGAAAGGUGUGUUCCACAUUGGGAUUGGAACUCCUGGGAGAGUAAAGGCACUAGUGGAGCAAGAUGCCCUGUGCUUGAACUCCACGAAAUAUCUGAUUCUGGAUUGGAACUGGAGAGAUCAGAAACUAAGGAGAAUGAUGGACAUCCCUGAGAUAAAGAAAGAAACAAUUGACCUACUGGAGAAGAGUGUUAUAAAGCUGUGCAGAGAUGGAUCUGUGAAGCUGGGACUCUUUUAAUAAGUUUACUAACAAGGAAGUAAUUUGCAGCUGCAUUUUACUAUUAUCCCUCCUGCAACUGAAUUUUGACUUUUCAGAGGUCUCAAUACAGAAGGCACAUUGCAACUUUUUCUGAGUUUUCUUUUAAUAAAAAGCCAGAAGUUU